GUGUCGACCCAUUUUUACCACCCAGGGCAUUACCCUAAAGGAUAUAUUGGACCAGCUCGUUUCCAGUGGAGCAGAGAGGAGUGGCUUACCGGAGAAGAGCAUACAAACGGCGAAGGAGAACUGGUAAAACGCACAGUAUUCUCAAGUAUUCCUCUCGUUGUCGACUCAGUUCCUAAAACUGUGGAAGAAUGGCGUUUGAGCAAAAUGCGCGUUCACACGGAGCGCUGGAUUGGGAAAAAUGGAAUCCAGGUGCAAGAUUUGCGGGAUCAACUUGUUAGAUUCCGUCUUUAUGGUCCUUUAGCACUUGCCAUCGUUUCCGAUGCCCUAAGAUUGGUUGAUGAUGAAAAAGCCCAACAAUUCAGCGAGAAUCAUGCUGAAUGGCGUGAAUCAGUCUCACGAUUACCACCGGGGAAUGUUGUUGAUGGUUCAAUUUUUUCACUUCUGGUGGAAGAUCCUAGAAUAUCGCGACCAAGUGUGAAGGAGGUUCCCAAUCCUGAGCAUGAUACACUGCCAACAGAGACUCGAGUUCUUCCCCGUGCAACUUUUUGGGACAAAAACAUGCGACUGAAAGCAUUGGCUGACAGAAUGACGGACGCUGAACUGAACAAAUUGAAAGGAAAAUGUCUUGGUCAGAUUAAGGAAACGGAAGCUAAGAUACCUGUCCUUGUUGUGUUCCGAAAUGGAGGAUCUGGACGUGGAGACACGCUGUCUGGUAUGGAUUUCUGGGUAGCGUUACAAUUGCGCACCGCCCGUGCUUCUGGUUGGCGUGACGAGCUUGAGGCUCAUUUGGAAGCUUCUCGCUUUUGUUAUCCGACCGAUGUCAUGGACACUAAAGCGGGAAGUGAAGAUAUCAGACGUAUGCAGGUUGAACAUGAGCUAAAAUAUGAUAAACGACCGCAUAAUAGACGAGUUCAGUAUUGGAGAAAAAUGUCCGUGAAAUAUCCAUUUUCCUUCGAGUAUGAGGAACUUGUCAAUGAUUGGUUGAAAGCCAAGGGUAAAGAAGCAAUCGAACAUUCGUAUAUUCUACGAGAUCGGCGUCUGCUUCUGUUACUCUCAAAAUGGAUGGAGGGAAAAGCAAAGUUUUCAGGUUUGACUUCCAUCCUUAAUCAUCAAAAGUGGAACGUAAGUGAUUAAAG